AUGCAGAAGGCACCACCACCCCUAAUCCAUUACCUCUCGGAGCAUCCCUCCAUCGUGGGGUUCCGGUGGAGCCACGCCCAAUCAUGGGGCGCCACCUGGUCCUUCCUCUUCUCCUCCAUCGCCUCUUACCUCCUCCUCUCUCUAUUCCUUCACCUCUCGCUUUCUCUUUUCCGCCGCCGCCGUCCCAUCCCCCUCGGCCCCCUCCCGGCAAUCCAUAGCCUCUCCAUGUCGCUCAUCUCCGUCACGAUCUUCGCCGGAAUCCUAAUCUCGGCCACGGCCGAGAUCCGCGACACGCGGUGGUUCUGGCGGCGGUCCAAAACUCCCUUGGAGUGGCUCCUCUGCUUCCCUCUCGGAACCCGCCCCUCCGGCCGCGUCUUCUUCUGGUCCUACGUCUACUACCUCUCCCGCUUCCUUCACAUGUUCCGCACCCCUCUGAACAUCCUACGACGCCGCAGGUUGUCGUUUUUCCCCCUCUUGAACCACUCCAUCUCCGCUUUCGGUUCCUUCCUCUGGCUCGAGUUCUCCCAGUCCUUUCAGGUACUCGCAAUCCUCUUCGCCACCCUCGUCUACGCCCUCGUUUACGCCUACAGGUUCUGGACUGCCAUAGGCUUGCGCGGCGCGUGCUUCCCCUUCGUCCUCAAUUGCCAGAUUGUACUCCUCGCUUGCAAUGUGGCGUGCCACGUCGGCGUCUUCUUCCUCCACUUUUUCUUCAAAGGCGGGUGCAACGGGAUUGGCGCGUGGGUCUUCAACGGCGUCCUCAACGUGGCUCUUCUCUUGCUCUUUCUCAACUUCUACGUCAGGAUGCAGGUUGGAGAAAGGAGAAAGCUUAGGGUUGUUACCCCUGCGCUUUCUUAA